AUGGCUGCCUAUGAUAUGGAAAAAACAACUUUCUUCACUGCUUAUGGAACAUUGUGUUACAAGGUAAUGUCUUUUGGUCUAAAGAAUGCUGGGGCAACCUACCAAAGAGCUAUGAAAAGACUGAAGAAAGCGUAUGAGAAAAAAAUACGUCCCCGAGAAUUCCAGGAAGGUGAUCUGGUGCUGAAAAAAAUCUUACCCAUUCAAAAGGAUUAUCCUGGGAAAUGGACUCCUAACUAUGAGGGACCAUACGUCGUGAAGAAAGCUUUCUCAGGUGGAGCUUUGAUCCUUACGAAUAUGGAUGGAAAAGAUUUAGCUCUUCCUGUAAACUCAAACGCCGUAAAAAAGUAUUAUGCUUAA